CCAGCUUUCCCAGGCCCUGGCAAACAACACCUUGUGCAGCAUCCCUGUCUGGUCUCUUCUGUCUCCUCCUCCUCCAGCCAGAGCGCACUUCGUCCACUGUCAACGCCGAGCCUCACACCCAUCCAUCCAUAGGUCCACUGAACAGUGUCUGCCAUGUCCUUUGCCUUUGUUGUCAUGAUGGCACUCCUGUGCUCCUCCGUGGCAAUUGCGUUCGUCUUGCAGCCGCCCAAAGAAGACGCUGCAGCGCCACCAGACUCCAACAGCAGGUGCCACGGAGGGUCCCUGCAGUCGAUCAGGAAGGGACUCCUCGCUGCCCUCAACCUGCAGGUGGAGCCGAGGCUGCCAGAGGGCGCCAUUGCACAGUGGAGCAGCAUUGCUGAAAGAAUGAAAGCCUUGCCAAUUUCCUCCAGCGACUCUGUGUCCGCCGAUGACGGGAAGAACUCCGGGUGCUGCACCGUGACUUCUGAGGUUCUGAUGAGAGAGCUGGGCUGGGACAAGUGGAUGAUCUACCCUGACCGUGUCACAGUGGUGCAGUGUGCGCCCUGCAGUCCCCACAUGCCCUGUCACCCACCCCAGCCUGAUGCCCAGGGUGCUGACUCGCAGGUCCCGCCGUCAUGUUGUCAGCCCACCUCCUAUGAAGAUGUCCCUGUCUGCUACAGGGAUGAGUUUGACAGCGUGGUCAUCACCUCCAUGCAUCUGCCCCGCCGCUGUGGCUGCCCAUCCGCAGCUUAAUGAGGUGUAGCGUUGCUCUUAAACAUACACGGAGCACACACACACACAGAGUAACAUUAGUGGAUGUGCACACCUUCUCUCUCCACAUAACAUGCUGCUUUUUUUUAUUUUUAGUUUGAAUGUAGUUAUCUUAGCCCGCUGGGAGCCUUUAACACGGAGCGUGGGAACCUCGGCAAACUUUCCUCAAAGUUUGCAUUCCUGUUUGGGAACUCUAGCCACACACGAUGAUACCAAGCACCAUAACAGCAGAGGGGUUGCGUACUAUCACCACCCUUUUUGUUCAAUUCAAGUAGCAGUCACACACACACACACAUACACACACACAUACAUACAUAAAAAAAAUAAAAAAUAUUUUGCCGGGAAUGAAUAUGUAAAGUGACACGAGUGAUUAAAGCCGCCCGUUUUAUCCCUGUACAAAUCUAUUUCAAGUUGCUGAUGGGUACUGAGUGUUCCGUCCAAAAAUGUGCAAAUGUCCAGAGCCAAACGCUCUCUUCCAGGCCUGUUUGCCCCCCUGUUGUAGUGUCUCCUCUUAUGGAAAGGUUUGGUCUCAACCGGAACCACCCUGACGUCAAGUCAACACUUUUAGCAUUCCCCUUGAAAUUACACCAAAACCUAAUCAUUGUGUUUAUUGACAUACUUCAUUAGACUAUACUAGCCAUACUUUAUACAGUCGUUCUCUAUUUACUAGUUGAUGUCUAUCAUUGUAACAGUUAUCUUUUAAUGAUUAUAUACCCAUAGCACCUCAACUUAACCUGUACACGCAUAUUCAAGGUAUUUUAUGCUGAUGACACAACUGUUGUUACGGAGUUAAUGACUGCUCACUGCUCUCGUUACUUUUUUGAAAAUAAAGGCUUAGAAUGUCAA